AUGACAAACCACUGGCAGAUGAAACAGAUGGCACAUCUGUUAUGGUCUGUUCACAUAAAGCUUUAAAGGAGUACUCCAGCACUGGUUUUCUAUAUUCUGUCCUACCCGGGCCACAAAAAACAAAACAAACCUUAACUCCCCUUCCCCCGUUGCUCCGAUAUCAGUCUUCGGUCCUCCGGUCUGGCUUCCUGCUUACGUGUGGGAUCGUCACACUGCGGUUAGAGUAUCUCCAGCCACAGCGAUUUCCCGCGUCGGAGAGGCAAGGUCACGUGUAAGCGCUCUGUGUAGCGCCAAACCGGUCGACGGUGCACCUGGCGUGUUUGUUGAUGUCCAGCGUUCCCGAAUAAACUUCUGCUGAACUGUGAGUGCCGUCUGCGGACUUCUUUUGUUUCAAUUUGUGCCUUUGCUACGGGCGGGCAGAGCACCACGCAAACGGCACAGGAUCGCGCAGUGUGACAACACCCGUAAAGACCCAUAUGAUAGGCAGCAAAAGAAUUACAUUUGGGACUUGCUGAAAUUACCUACUUCUGAAAGAACAUGGCUACAGGAGACAAAAUUGCAAUAUUAUCUGAGGAUGAAGAAGAACAAAAGAGGAAAUAUGUUCUUGCUGAUCCUUUCAAUGGUGUCACCACAGAGCAAAAUGCACCCAGUGGAAAUUCUGGAGGUGCAGAUAAUUUGUCUACAGAGGAUCAGGAUAUGGACUGGUUAGAAAAACACUGUAUAAAGAUUAACAAUGAUCUUCUGAUAUCUAAAGUGUUCUAUUUCUUUUUUUACUCUGCAUAUGGUUCGCUCUAUCCCUUAUUACCAGUAUACUAUAAACAGUUAGGGAUGUCUCCCACCCAGGGUGGAUUAUUAGUAGGCAUUCGAUAUUUUAUUGAAUUUUGCAGUGCCCCCUUCUGGGGAGUAAUUGCUGACAGAUUCAGAAAGGGUAAGAUGGUCCUACUGUUUUCAGUGCUAUGCUGGGUAUUAUUCAACUUAGGAAUUGGUUUUGUAAAACCAGCUGCUUUACUGUGUGUGCCUAAUAUGCCUAUUCCAGUCAAACCUACUAACUCCAGUCCAUUUGGCACAACCCCUUUGCCACUUACUUCUACCGUAUUGACCCAAUCUACUAGAGAAAGUAGUACAACAGCCAAAAGCAGGCGGAAGAGGGAUUUUCAGGAUAAUCCUUUUACAUGGGAAGUUUCUAAUUCUGAAACAUUGUAUUCCAAAGAACCUUUCAUCCCCUUACAUAGAAUAAUAAGGGAAGUUGAAAAUGGCACUAGGGCACCAACAUUGCCUGGUCUUGUUGGAAACAUUACAACCACCAUCACUACCACCACCAUCACAAAGAGCCCUAAUUCCCUGUUGCAGUAUAACCAAGAGGAUGUAGAAACCAUAUUCCUGUUAAUUCUAUUAGUAGUUAUCAUUGGAGAGUUUUUUAGUGCUCCAGCUGUUACUAUUGUAGAUACAGUAACUUUGCAAUAUUUGGGCAAACACAGGGAUCGCUAUGGAUUACAAAGAAUGUGGGGAUCACUUGGCUGGGGGUUAGCAAUGUUGUCUAUAGGAAUAGGAAUUGAUCACACUCACAUCAAUGUGAUCAUUGAAGGAGAGGGCUGCACGGAACCAGAUUAUAAAAACUACCGUAUUGCCUUCAUUGUCUUUGGCGUCCUGAUGUCUGUGGCACUUAUUGUCUCAACACAAUUUCAUUUUUAUUACCAUCAUUUAAAACCAAGUGAAGAACACAGAGAUGUUGAGAUUUCUCCUGUGGAAGCAAGUUCCCAACCUGAAUCUCCAGGACAAAAUCAUACUGAGGAAAGAAGUCAAGAAGAGAUAGUCCAGCAUUUUAGAUUCUGGGAUCUGAUCAAGAUAAUUUGCACUGUACAGUAUGGAUCUGUUCUGUUUGUAGCCUGGUUCAUGGGAUUUGGUUAUGGAUAUGUCUUCACCUUCCUUUUUUGGCACCUUGAGGACCUUAAAGGAACCACAACAUUGUUUGGUGUCUGCUCUGUCCUGAGCCACAUAUCGGAGCUGACUGCUUAUUUCUUCAGCCACAAGUUGAUAGAAUUGGUUGGUCACAUCAGGGUGCUGUACAUUGGCCUCGCUUGUAAUACUGCACGUUAUCUGUAUAUUUCCUACAUGGAAAAUGCUUGGACAGUACUCCCCAUGGAAGUAUUACAGGGAGUGACUCACGCAGCCAUAUGGGCAGCAUGCAUUUCAUAUCUGAGUGCUGCAGUUCCACCAUCAUUACGGACCUCUGCUCAGGGCAUCCUUCAGGGCCUUCAUCUUGGACUUGGUAGAGGAUGUGGUGCCAUGAUUGGAGGUGUAUUAGUCAAUUUCUUUGGUGCUGCAGAAACAUUCAGGGGGAUUGGCAUGGCUUCUUUGGUCAUUCUUCUUCUCUUUGCUCUGAUCCAGUGGGUAGCUGUUCCCCAGAAGGAAGAAGAUGCAACUAUGCUAGCAGAAAGAAUUCCUGUUCCCUCCAGCCCAGUUCCUAUAGCAACUAUUGAUCUUGUACCUCAGCACUCAGAAAACAUCAUGCCUACUAUUCAAGUCAAACUUCCACCUAAAAAGACAAGGCACCAGGAAGAACAAGAGGAUGUCAACAGACCAGCCUGGGGGAUUGGCUCAUCGCCUUGGGUUACUCUUGCUUAUGCCUUUUAUCAAAUAAAAGAAAUGUUGGCACUUUCCAAAACUAGCCCUAUCUCAGAAACUCAGCCACUGCAGAGAAAUGAUGAAACUAAUACAGCUACACAAUCUCCAAGACGUGAAAGGAGUGAAUAUUCUACUAGAGAGGCAGCUGCCACCCCUCCUGAUAUUCAGGACGGUUCUGCUGCCAAUCCAGAAGUGAAUGACCUCACACAAAGAAAUGACCCUGCCCUGUCACAGGAAAAUUCUGAGGGCCCACCCUCACUGCCAGAAGAAGGAAAUUAGUGCUUGAAAUGCUAUUGGUCACACACUGAAAAUUGGGUGUAAAGAGAUGAACAUUUUUAAGAAACUGAGCAGCUUGUUUUAUUGGAAUAGCUAGCAGAAGGAGAAAGCAUGACAGGGUAUUUCCAGUCACCGUGGCUGCAAAAGACUCCACAGACGUAUUGCUUUAUAAGUAUGUGUGUGCUUAGUGUAACUUCACUAUUGUUUGCAGUGGAAGAACAUAACCUACAGGAGUACAUCGUUUUUUUUUUAUUUUAUUUUUUUAAA